UCUGGAUAAUGGCGAAGAUGGUGAGAAGAACAUGUGCGUUUUGUUCAAAGGGGGCAGCUGGUUCUGUAAUGUAUAUCGCCCAAGAGCAAGAUAUUGCAGCUCAUCAGGACUGUCUGUUGUUUUCCUCAGGAUUUGUGGAAUCUGAAGAGUAUAACCCAGAAAAUCUGGAUGUAAGGUUUGAUGUGGCAUCAGUAUUGAAAGAGCUUAGGAGAGGAAAGAGACUGGUGUGCAGCUUCUGUCGCAAGAAGGGAGCCACAGUGGGCUGUGAGGAGCGAGCCUGCCGCAGGAGUUACCACUACUUCUGUGCCCUCUGUGAUGACGCAGCGAUAGAAACAGACGAAGUACAUGGAGUCUACCGAGUGUUCUGCUCAAAACAUGACCCAGGCAAUAGGACCCGUUGCUAUGGUUCAGCUAAUAAGAGGAGAAGACGUACGCUGCCAUCUCCCACCAUCGUGGAAGAACUGAGGACAGAAGAGACAGCAGAAGAUGACCAUUUGCGAACACUAAAAAGGAAAAACAACAGGCAUAAAGUACAAAUAGACUUUCUCAGGAAAUGCAAACAAGCUGGGCUUCUGGAUGACAUAUUCGAAGAAAUGCUGGACACACUUCACCUGGCGCAGGAAAAACUGAUGGAUGACAAUACUUCAGAAACAGAGUAUGAAGAAACAGUAAUAUCACUGUUUGACUGUGGACUGUUUGAAAAUAUACUGACAAAUAUUCACUCAGGAACAGAAGAAAAAAUCCGGGAGCUUCUGGAAAGCAGAAAAAGACUGGAUAACAAGAUUGAGCUAUUGCAGGACAUAAAAGAAGUUGUCCUUCCUACCCCAGAGAACACUGCCAGUACAUCUAGUACAGCAUCUGAAUAA